AUGACUUCACGAGGAGGACCCUCGCAGCAAAAUCCGCAAUUGCAAAGGCGGAUCACGCGUACGCAGACGGUUGGGAAUCUCGGGGAGUCUAUAUUUGACAGUGAAGUAGUCCCGUCAUCUCUGGUGGAAAUUGCCCCCAUUCUUCGUGUUGCCAAUGAAGUCGAGCCUAGCAACCCCCGUGUUGCCUACCUCUGUAGGUUCUAUGCUUUUGAAAAAGCCCAUAGGUUGGAUCCUACUUCAAGUGGACGUGGUGUUCGUCAAUUCAAAACAGCUCUUUUGCAACGUCUUGAGAGAGAAAAUGAUCCCACCUUGAUGGGAAGAGUUAAAAAAAGUGAUGCCCGGGAAAUGCAAAGCUUUUAUCAACAUUAUUACAAAAAAUAUAUCCAAGCAUUGCAAAAUGCUGCUGAUAAAGCUGAUCGUGCACAGCUUACAAAAGCAUACCAAACAGCUAAUGUUCUCUUUGAGGUUUUAAAAGCUGUUAACCAGACACAGUCUGUGGAAGUUGAUCGUGAGAUAUUGGAAACUCAUGAUAAAGUUGCAGAGAAGACUGAAAUAUAUGUACCUUAUAACAUUCUACCUCUUGAUCCAGACAGUGCAAAUCAGGCAAUCAUGAAAUAUCCAGAGAUCCAAGCCGCUGUGCAUGCACUUCGGAAUACAAGAGGUCUUCCUUGGCCAAAGGAUUAUAAGAAGAAAAAAGAUGAGGAUAUCCUUGACUGGCUUCAAUCUAUGUUUGGAUUUCAGAAAGACAAUGUGGCAAAUCAAAGGGAACAUUUAAUUUUGCUACUGGCAAAUGUUCACAUACGGCAGUUUCCAAAACCAGAUCAACAACCCAAGUUGGAUGAGCGUGCUCUAGAUGAAGUGAUGAAGAAGCUUUUCAAAAAUUACAAGAAGUGGUGCAAAUAUCUGGAUCGUAAAAGUAGCCUAUGGCUACCCACUAUCCAGCAGGAAGUGCAGCAGCGCAAAUUAUUAUAUAUGGGCCUGUAUCUUCUUAUAUGGGGGGAAGCUGCCAAUCUUAGAUUCCUGCCAGAAUGCCUGUGCUACAUAUAUCACCAUAUGGCUUUUGAACUUUAUGGUAUGCUCGCUGGAAAUGUAAGUCCAAUGACUGGUGAAAACGUGAAACCCGCCUAUGGAGGAGAGGAAGAGGCUUUCCUGAAGAAAGUUGUCACUCCAAUUUAUGAAGUCAUUGCUCGGGAAGCGGCGAGAAGCAAAAAGGUCAAAUCGAAACAUUCUCAAUGGAGAAAUUAUGAUGAUUUGAAUGAGUACUUCUGGUCUGUAGAUUGUUUUCGUUUGGGAUGGCCUAUGCGUGCUGAUGCUGAUUUUUUCUGUAAGCCUGUGGAUCAGCUACAGAGUGAAAAUAAUGGGGAAACUAGACCUGGGAGAGAUCGAUGGGUGGGGAAAGUUGAUUUUGUUGAAAUACGAUCAUAUUGGCAUAUCUUUAGAAGCUUCAACAGAAUGUGGAGUUUCUUUAUAUUGUGCCUGCAGGCUAUGAUUAUUAUUGCCUGGAAUGGUACGGGGCAGCCAAGUGGGAUUUUUGAUGCUGAUGUUUUCAAGAAAGUACUGAGCAUCUUCAUAACUGCUGCAAUUUGGAAACUUGGGCAAGCCAUACUUGAUGUAAUUUUGAGCUGGAAAGCAAGACGGACCAUGUCCUUCCACGUCAAACUACGGUACAUACUGAAGGUUGUUUCUGCUGCUUCAUGGGUGAUUAUCCUCCCUGUUACUUAUGCAUACUCAUGGGAGAAUCCUCCUGGAUUUGCUCAAACUAUCAAAAGCUGGUUUGGAAAUAGCUCAAGUGCUCCUUCGUUGUUUAUCCUAGCUGUUGUUAUCUACUUAUCACCAAAUAUGCUUGCUGUGCUUCUUUUCCUCUUCCCCUUCAUUCGUCGGUUCCUUGAGAGUUCCAACUACAAAAUUGUGAUGCUAAUGAUGUGGUGGUCACAGCCCCGACUCUAUGUAGGAAGGGGAAUGCAUGAGAGCACGUUUUCUCUCUUCAAGUAUACAUUAUUCUGGGUGCUGCUUCUCACUACAAAGUUGGCAUGCAGCUUUUAUAUUGAGAUCAAGCCUCUUGUGAAUCCUACUCAAACUAUAAUGGGAAUUCAUAUAUCAAACUAUCAGUGGCAUGAGUUUUUCCCCCAAGCUAAGAACAACAUCGGUGUCGUAAUUGCACUAUGGGCGCCAGUUAUUCUUGUUUAUUUCAUGGACACACAGAUCUGGUAUGCCAUUUUCUCUACAUUGUUUGGAGGUAUAUAUGGUGCAUUCCGUCGCCUUGGAGAGAUACGUACAUUAGGAAUGCUUAGAUCCCGGUUUCAAUCUUUACCUGGUGCUUUCAAUGCCUGUUUAAUCCCCGAGGAGAAGGCUGAGGCAACCAAAAAGAAAGGACUGAAAGCCACAUUCUCACGCAAGUUUGACGUGAUACCUUCCAGUAAGGAAAAAGAAGCUGCAAGGUUUGCUCAGUUGUGGAACAAAAUAAUUACAAGUUUUAGAGAGGAGGAUCUGAUAAGUAAUAGGGAAAUGGAUCUGUUGCUUGUUCCGUAUUGGGCCGAUCGUGAUUUGGAGCUGAUGCAGUGGCCUCCAUUUUUGCUCGCCAGCAAGAUCCCAAUAGCUGUGGAUAUGGCUAAAGACAGUAAUGGCAAGGACAGCGAACUCAAAAAGCGGAUCAAGUCAGAUGAUUAUAUGUAUUCUGCUGUCUGCGAGUGCUAUGCUUCGUUCCGGAAUAUUGUUAAAUUAUUAGUUCGUGGAAACCGAGAGAAAGAGGUGAUUGAAUAUAUAUUUUCUGAAGUUGACAAACAUAUAGAGGAGGACAAUCUAUUAACUGAAUACAGGCUGAAUGCUCUUCCAAGUUUGUAUGAUCUCUUCGUCAAGCUUGUAAAAUACUUGCUGGAGAACAAGCCAGAGGACAGGGAUCAAGUUGUCAUUCUUUUUCAGGACAUGUUGGAAGUUGUGACUCGAGAUAUAAUGCUGGAAGAUCAUGUAUCCAAUUUGUUGGACUCAAUUCAUGGUGGAGCGGGAAAUGAAGGAAUGGUCCCUCUGGAUCAACAGUAUCAGUUGUUUGCAUCAGCUGGUGCCAUAAAAUUUCCAGCUCCUGAAACUGAAGCUUGGAAAGAGAAGAUCAAGAGGUUGUACUUGUUGCUGACAGUGAAGGAAUCUGCCAUGGAUGUGCCAUCAAACUUGGAAGCCAGAAGACGCAUUUCAUUUUUUUCUAAUUCCUUGUUUAUGGACAUGCCUUCAGCUCCUAAAGUCCGCAACAUGCUUUCUUUCUCUGUUCUGACUCCAUAUUACACGGAGGAGGUUCUAUUCUCAUUGCCUGAGCUAGAAGUACCGAAUGAAGAUGGUGUUUCUAUUCUCUUUUACUUGCAGAAAAUCUUUCCAGAUGAAUGGAAUAACUUCUUGGAGCGUGUCAACUGUUACAAUGAAGAAGAACUUAGGGAUGAAUUGGAGGAACAGUUACGUCUUUGGGCGUCAUACCGAGGCCAAACACUGACCAAAACUGUCAGAGGAAUGAUGUAUUAUCGCAAAGCUCUUGAACUUCAGGCAUUCCUUGAUAUGGCUAAGGAUGAUGAUUUAAUGGAAGGCUACAAGGCCAUUGAACUGAAUGAAGAUCAAAUGAAGGGAGAGAGGUCCCUGUGGACACAAUGUCAAGCAGUAGCUGAUAUGAAGUUUACUUAUGUCGUGUCCUGCCAAUUAUACGGGAUUCAAAAACGGUCUGGAGAUCCUCGAGCACAAGAUAUAUUGAGACUCAUGACCACAUAUCCAUCUCUUCGGGUAGCAUAUAUUGAUGAAGUUGAAGAGCCUAGUAAAGACAGGACCAAGAAGGUUAAUGAUAAAGUGUACUACUCCACUCUUGUGAAAGCAGCUUUGCCGAAAUCAGAUUCUUCAGAGCCUGGACAGAAUCUGGAUCAGAUUAUCUAUCGAAUAAAACUUCCAGGCCCUGCUAUCCUGGGAGAGGGGAAGCCUGAAAAUCAGAAUCAUGCAAUUAUUUUCACUCGUGGAGAAGGCUUACAAACAAUUGAUAUGAAUCAGGAUAAUUACAUGGAAGAAGCUCUAAAAAUGAGGAACUUGCUUCAAGAAUUUCUUAAAAGGCACGAUCUGAGGCACCCAUCAAUUCUUGGACUGAGGGAACAUAUUUUCACUGGGAGUGUUUCUUCACUUGCUUGGUUUAUGUCUAAUCAAGAGACAAGUUUUGUUACUAUUGGUCAGAGAUUGUUGGCCAACCCUCUCAAGGUUCGGUUUCAUUAUGGUCAUCCAGACGUUUUUGAUAGACUAUUUCACCUUACAAGAGGCGGGGUGAGCAAAGCCUCCAAAAUUAUCAACCUCAGUGAGGACAUAUUUGCUGGCUUCAAUUCUACUCUCCGUGAAGGCAAUGUAACUCAUCAUGAAUACAUACAAGUUGGUAAAGGCAGGGAUGUGGGUCUUAACCAGAUUUCUCUAUUUGAAGCGAAAAUUGCUAAUGGAAAUGGAGAACAAACAUUGAGUCGUGAUCUAUACAGGCUGGGCCAUCGCUUUGAUUUCUUCCGAAUGCUCUCAUGCUAUUUCACGACCAUUGGUUUCUAUUUCAGUACCUUGAUAACUGUGCUCACUGUAUACGUCUUUCUCUAUGGUCGCCUUUAUCUUGUUCUUAGUGGUUUAGAAAAGGGACUUACUAGCAACCGCGAAAUAAGAGAGAAUAAAUCUCUCGAAGUUGCUCUUGCCUCUCAGUCUUUCGUGCAGAUCGGUUUUCUAAUGGCUCUCCCUAUGAUGAUGGAAAUUGGGUUAGAAAAGGGUUUCCGAACAGCACUAAGCGAGUUCAUACUCAUGCAACUGCAACUGGCGCCUGUAUUUUUCACAUUUUCGCUUGGGACCAAAACCCAUUAUUAUGGGAGGACAUUACUUCAUGGUGGUGCAAAAUAUCGGGCCACAGGCCGUGGAUUUGUCGUGUUCCAUGCCAAAUUUGCAGAUAAUUAUAGACUCUACUCUCGUAGCCACUUUGUUAAGGGGCUCGAGCUAAUGAUACUGCUUCUUGUCUAUCAAAUAUUCGGUCAGUCCUACAGAGGUGCUGUUGCGUAUAUCUUAAUCACCGUGUCUAUGUGGUUUAUGGUCGGCACCUGGCUUUUUGCUCCUUUCCUGUUUAAUCCUUCGGGUUUCGAGUGGCAAAAGAUUGUUGAUGAUUGGACUGAUUGGAAUAAGUGGAUUAGUAAUAGGGGUGGCAUUGGUGUGCCUCCGGAGAAGAGUUGGGAAUCAUGGUGGGAAGAGGAGCAAGAUCAUUUGCGUCAUUCUGGGAAGCGUGGUAUUAUUGCUGAGAUAGUAUUGGCGUUAAGGUUUUUCAUUUAUCAGUACGGGCUUGUUUAUCACCUGAACAUCACCAAAACAAACCAAAAUGUUUACGUGUAUGGCUUGUCGUGGCUAGUGAUCUUUGUGAUACUCUUUGUUAUGAAGACAAUUUCUGUUGGACGGAGAAAAUUCAGUGCAAAUUUUCAACUUGUCUUCCGGCUCAUCAAGGGUUUGAUUUUUGUCACAUUCAUCUCUAUCCUUGUUAUUUUGAUUGCAUUACCGCACAUGACUGCAAGAGAUAUCGUGGUUUGCAUACUCGCCUUCAUGCCCACUGGUUGGGGUUUGCUACUGAUUGCACAAGCAUGCAAACCAGUCGUCCAAAAAGCUGGGUUCUGGGGUUCGGUUAGAACUCUGGCCCGCGGUUACGAAAUCAUGAUGGGUUUGCUUCUGUUCACGCCUGUGGCUUUUCUUGCAUGGUUCCCAUUUGUCUCGGAGUUCCAAACGCGAAUGCUUUUCAACCAAGCCUUCAGCAGAGGUCUUCAGAUCUCGCGUAUUCUUGGCGGCCACAGGAAGGACAGGUCAUCAAGGAACAAGGAAUAG